GUUUGGGUCCCCAUCCAUUACAUUCGUUCAGGGCUGCAGUGUACAUUGUUGUCCCUUUCAGCCUCCUGGAAUCAACAUAUAAGGAUGCUACACCAUUUGUAAUGCACCCUUGAAUCUUCAGCUGGACCAUAUCCAUUUUUGCACGUAUAUUUAAUUGAUGGGAGAAGAACAAACCAAAGGCCGAAUGAACGGAGCAGCAUUCCCCUCUCCCACUGCAGAGAUGGCGGAGAUGAACCGCAUCCACUACGAGCUGGAGUACACAGAGGGCAUCAGCCAGCGCAUGAGGAUUCCAGAGAUGCUCAAAAUUGGCCCCUACGGUCAUGACAACCCCGAGGCAGGCUCACAUGACCUGCACAACAUCAUGAUGCAGGUCCCAGAGAGGAUCGUAAUGUCAGGAGACAGUGAGGACUCUCAGUUCCCCAGGCCCAGAGACCUGGACUUGAUCCAGUCCACCCCGCUAGAGAYCCUGUCCCUGAAGACCCCUCCUCGGGUCCUCACCCUCAACGAGCGGCCGCUGGACUUCAUGGAAAUGGAGCGCAGUGCAGCCCCAGCCCAGCCCAGUGAGGAGGUGCGUUCGCAAGGGCGGUUGCGGCGGGAACGUUCAGCCAGCGAGAACACCACUGUCCGUCACAAUGGCCAGAUUGCCAGAAACGAUUCAAUUGUGACCCCGUUCCCCCCAGCCCCUCUCCGCGCCUUCCCCCCUCUUGCCAUGGCCGAGGACGAACAGAACCUGUACAGCGCUAGUGGCGUUCUCUCUUUCAUCCAGUCCACCACGCGCCGGGCCUACCAGCAGGUCUUGGAGGUUCUGGACGAGAACCACCGCAGCAAGCCGUCGCUGCGAGGGGGGUCUGCCUUGACCUCUAACCUCCUGCAUGAAUCCAGGCUUAACCUGGCCACUCUAGACACUACUCUGGAUGUCUCCAUGGCUCCUGAUGACAUGGCUGUCGUAGAUGCAGCAACACUUCGACGUCAGAUCAUCAAGCUGAACCGGAGGCUCCAGCUCAUAGAAGAGGAGAACAAGGAGAGGACCAAACGUGAAAUGAUCAUGUACUCAGUCACCGUAGCCUUCUGGCUUAUCAACAGCUGGGUUUGGUUCCGCCGCUAGAAUCCUUUCCUCAGAACCACUUCCAGAGAGUGGAGAACAAAGCCUCUGCCCUCCCCUUCUAUGUGUCAAAUGUUCGAAAAAUGUACUCUCUGCAUUUAGCCACAGUGCUGGACAGCCUUGCUCUUGGGCAAUGGGAUGUUUGUUUUCUUUUAAUUUUAUUGUAUACAUGUACUUGUAAUUCAUUUUUACAAUGCUAUAUAAUUAUUAUUUUUUGCUUAAGAAUCAAAGAAUGACUCCGCUGUAAAUACUUCUUCAUGUUACUCAGUUGUUAUCAUUGCUCCUGAGGUAUUUCCAACAGAUAAGAGGUCUAAAGAAAAGGAAAACAUAAGCCACGGUAGAGACGCAUCGAAAUGGGUUAAAUAUUUAUUGGGAAUUGGAAUGAUGUGAAAAGAUUUUAAAUAUAAAUAUAUAUAUAUAUGUAUUGUGAAGUACUGCUGUUAUAUUGUAAGAUAAUACCUAAUGUAAAAUUGACUAAUGGUUUUAAUUGAUGUAUAGUACUGCAAGGAAAUAUACAGUCACACUGUUGCAAUUACACAAUUUUAUUCAUUAUGUAUGGCCCAUAUCCACCAAGCCAUAGGCAUGAUAUGCUUUUCUCCUCAUAUUUUAUCUUCAGUUACUACUUUUUUUUACCAAGAACUUUCUGGCAGGAGCACAAUGUUAUCAAAUUGGUUGUAAUUUUCAGUUGUAAUGAACCAGCAUAUUAUGCUGAGAGUCAUGCAAUUUUAUUGGAAUAAAUGACAAAAUAGCUAA